UAAAAGAUUUUGACAGAUCAACAUAACCUAAAAAAAUUUAUCGCCAAACGUCAACGAAAUGCAGUUUAACGGUUAAUCAACAUACUUUUUGUUGUAAAUUAUGCUUUUUUAGCUUUUAAACCGUAUUAAAGUAACGAGCCAACAUCCUUAAAAUCGACAUGGAUAAAUACAUCGUUGAUUUGGAUAAAGUCCUCGACGACUUUGAAUACAGCGAAUUAACCGAUAAUUUCGGCUCGAGUCGAACGUAUUUAGCACAAGGAGGCUCAAAUUACGCGUCAAGCUCGAAAUCGCGCACCGGGGACGCCAAACAUUCCAUUACGAACGUCUUCCACAGCCUCAACGAGUAUUUAAACACGGAUAUAUCGACAAAACCGACCGCGAAGCAACCCCCUGCUGAUAGUAACAAAGAAAAUGAGGCUCAAAACAACAAUGUUGAAGUCCAAACGGGGAAUUUAUUGGAUUUAAGCUUCCCCGAAUCAAUUGAAUGUAAAGAAGAAGCUAUGAUAAUAACUGAAAUUAGUGAAAAUGAUGGAAUUUGUGAUAAAAAUGAAUCUAAUUGUGAUGCAGUGACAAAUUUGGAAUGUAUCGAUGGUGAUAAUAGAGUUAAAAUUGAAAAUGAUUUAAAAAAUGAGGAUUUUGAUGAAAAUAAAUUAGAAAGUGAAGAAGUAAAUGAAGAAAAUGAAGUAGAUGGGGAUAAUAACUUUAAAUUAGAAGGAAUUGAAGAUGAAAUUAAUGAAAAAAAUGAGUCUGUUGAUAUUAAAGAUGAAAAUAUUGAUUUGAAAGAAGAAAAUAUUGAUUUAAAACAAGAAAAUGUUGACUUAGAAGAAGAAAAAGAUAAAGUAAUUAAAUUUGAUGAUAAAUUUGAGAUAGAUGAUUCAACUUUAAAUCAAUUUUUGGACGAAUUAGAAGUUGAAUUUGAAAAAGAAAACGUCGAAGAACCCAAAAUAAACGAAAAAGAAGAUCUAAAUGAAAUUAAAAUAACCGAAAAAUUAGAAACCGACUCAAAUAUCGAAACCAUUGAGCGCCCCAACAACUUAGAAUUAUCCCGAGAAUCAUUUUCGUCCGAUUCGGAAGAAAUAAAACCGCGAAAAAUCGAUUUAAUUGGAGAACCGGGUUCGACCCCAUAUAAUAACCUCUACGUUUCAAAAGAACUUACUUUAGAAGAGGUUAAAGAUGCGAUUGGGAAAGAAAAGGAGACUUCAUCUUCGCCGACAUUCUCUGAGGCUUCAACAGACACUGUAAGUGAUUCUAAUGAUACGGAAGUCGAUGAUUUGGGGGGUGAAAAUAAAGAUGUUUGUGAAGGGGGUAAAAUUGAGGAAUCUCGUGAUGAAAUUAAUGAAAAUGUUGAAGUUGGAUUAAGCGAAGCGAAGGUAGAGGAAGGAGUUAAAGAUGAAGAAAAAGGAAAUGAGGAUGUGGGUGAAGCUAGUAAUAAUAUUCCGGUUUAUUGGUUAGGCAAACAAGCACCAUUAUGGAUUCCGGAUUCCGAAGCUUUAAGUUGCCUCCAUUGCGACACCCGUUUCACCGUAAUCAAACGCCGCCAUCACUGCCGCGCUUGCGGCUUAGUUCUUUGCUCGAAAUGUUGCAACUUAAAAUAUCGACUAGAAUACUUAGACGCGGAGGCCCGAGUUUGCCUCAAAUGCCACAACAUCUUACAAAACCUCGAUUAUUCAAGCUCGAGCGACGUCUCCCCAACAACGGGGAACUCCCCAAAUCGCCAACCCAACCCCAACAACCCCAUGGAGUAUUGCUCGGUGGUCCCCCCGUUGCAACAAGCGGGAAGUAGCGGUAAUCCCCCCACCGUUAUGGUCCCUGUGGGCGUUUUAAAACGGAAAGGAUCGAAAAAGUCGAAUAAAAGCGUUAUGUUUUGCGAUGGGAUUCGACCCGGAAGCGAUUUAACCAAGUUGGACGGCGAUUUCGACUCUUUAAAAGUUGAUAAUAAUAAUACAGAUAAUCGGAUGGUUAAAAGCAAAGAGAUACCGACUAUUUACCCGGAAACGCUUACUUUCGUCCCAAAAGACAGCAAAGAGCUACCUCCAUUGGUCAGUGUGUGCAAAUUGGAGACGAGUUAUUUUUGUAAUAUGUAUAAAAAUGAUGGGGAUUUAUUGGAGGUGCUAAAAGGAGAGAAAUUAACGUUUGCUUUGCAAAAAAAUGUUUUUGUUCAUGUUAAAAUCAUCGAUUUGAAUUGUUGUGUAAAUAAACAAAUUUGGUGCUUCUCAACGGAAGGAUUUUUAUCAGUGGGUCAAGAUGAGAUAGUUUAUUUAAUUGAGUUAACCGAUGGAGAAACUUGUCUUCCAAUAGACAUUUUUAACCACCUCAACAUCAUUUACAACGACGCUUUAAAAGGCACAACAGUUUCUGAAUUGGGAAUUUCUUUACACGAUUCAUCCUCGUUCUUGGACUUUAAGAACCACGCCGGAUUCCUUUACAUCCGACCGACGUUUCAAUGCGUUCAAAACAUUAUUAAGCCGAAAGAGCCGUUUCUCAUCGGGCUUUUAAUUCACAGAUGGGAGACUCCGUGGGCGAAAAUCUUUCCUUUGAGGUUAAUGCUUCGUCUUGGUGCCGAGUAUCGAUAUUAUCCGUGUCCGUUAAUUUCGACGCGAUUUCGAGACAGUCUUUUCGUCGAAUUGGGGCACACCGUUAUCACUCUUUUCGCGGAUUUCCGCAAUUUUUCUUAUACUUUAACGAGUAUUCGCGGUCUUUCGAUUCAUAUGGAGGAUAAAAACACGAUUGUGCGAAUCCCGACGAAUCGUUACGAUCAAGUGAUGUCCUCGAUGAAUAAUUCGAGCGAUCACAUCUUGGUUUUUGGUGGCAAUUUUAGUACGAAAGCCGAUUCCCACUUGGUUUGCAUACAAGACACCCAAAGUAGCACGGAAAAUUCUUACACGACGCACACGAUCGAUAUCAAAAAUCAACCUAAGAAAGUUAUUGGGGCGAGUUUCAUCGUGUUUAACGGCGCUUUGAAAUCGACGAGCGGUUUAACCGCGAAAAGUAGUAUCGUAGAGGAUGGGUUGAUGAUACAAAUUUCCGCUGAAGACAUGGUUAGUUUGCGGGAGAGUUUGAGGAACAUGAAGGAGUUUACAAUUCAGUGUGGGUGUGUUAAUAUGCCUUCUGAUGAGACCGUUAAUAUAAUUUGGGGGGACGUCGAUAAGGAUUUUAACGUUGGGGUUGUUUCCCCGAUUGAUAAUCAAUCGUUGAGCGGGGUUCCUUCGAUUCGAGUGCAUAAUGGAAAGAACUUUACAGGCCCGGGGAAUUCGAAGAUGAUUCGUUGGACGGAAGUUUUUAUUUUGCAAAAUACUGAUGAAACGUCAAAAACGAGGGACCACCCUUUAGAUAUUUCAAAAAUUUCGGAUAACAUCGCUAAAGCCACCUGUACAGCUUUAGUGAAAUAUUUGGAUUUAUUAUGUAGUAAUAACUUUUUUAAAAUAGGAAUUAGGGCUACUCUACAUGUUGAAAAUGUGUCUUAUAGCGCGGGGAGCAACAACGUAAAAUUACCACCGAUUUAUAUGAAAAGUUUGGAUAACGAAUUGAUUCCAGUUCUGCACAGGAUUCUUUCGAACAAUUUAGGAGAGGAUAUCGUAACGUUAGAGCUUAUAUUUAGGAUUUUAAACUCUUAGUUUUAAGUAAAAAAGCUCUAAACGCACUUUAUGUAUAAAUAAUGAAUUAAAAUGAAAUAAAAAAGAAAGUAGAAAGUGUAAUGUAUUAUAUGUAGUUAUGUAUUAAAAAAAGAAAAAAAUAAAUUGUAUAAAAAAUAUAAUAAAACAUAUAUCUUGUAUACUAAAUCGCUAUUGUAUAUAAUAAAAUCAUUAAAAUAUACAAAUUAUAUUUUAUUUACCAAAA